CCUCGCCCGAAAUAAUCGCAGAGGAACUGACAACCUUUCCCUCCCGGCGAUUUUUUGACGAUUUCUCAAAAAUCGCCGAUCUAUUCUUAACCUCUCUCAUUGCACUACAUAAACACUCUCACAAGCUUCCACUCCAUUCACCCACUCCCUCUUCUCUCUCUCUCUCUCUCGAUCUCGAGCUCUCAUGGAGUACGAGAGGAUUCACAAAGUCCAGAUAGGGGUGAUAUCACCCAGUAAACUAAGAAUGAAACUAUUGGGUGCUCAAAAUAGUAGAAAGAAGGAAGAUGAAAGUAGAACAUCUAGAACAACUUCACCUUCAAAGCUUGAGGAGAUGGAGAUUGCAAAGGAUUGCUUGUUAGCUGGUGAUUUGGAUGAGAAUGAAGAUAGCUCUAAGAAUUCCAAAGUGUCUUCUGUGAUGCCUGUGAAUCAAGGGAAUCAAUCAAAUUCAUGUUCCAAGGAUGUUGCUAAACAAAUUCAGUCUCGAUCUUCGGAUGAUGAUGGGAAUGAGUAUGACAGUGGGCAUGACAAUGGAAGCACAUGUAGUUUUGAGUUUCAUAAAGGAGAGAGGACAUUGCAAAAUCAGGUUGCCACUCCAUUCUUCAGGCAUCUUCCUUCCAAGUGGAACGACGCAGAGAAAUGGCUUGUUAAUAGGCAAGCAUUGCAUGCUAAUGUGCCAAAGAAAUCUUAUUUGCAUAAUCAAGGGAAUCGGCACAUUGUUCCAAACUGGGGAAGGGUUGCACCAGAGUCUAUGAUUUUAGACCAUAAGCAAUUUGCCACCCAGAGUAUGCAUUUGAGAAUAACUGAAUCAGGUGGCCUUGCUUCACAACAUACGGCAGAAAAGUUCUCAUUUGCUACAAUGUGUUCACCGUCAAAUUCUGGGUCUGCAAAAGAAACUAGUGGAGUAACUGAUGUAUCUCAGCAUAGUGAUGACUCUUACAACACACCUAGACUUCAAAAGGAAAUGAACCAACAAAGUGCCGAAUCAAGAGCUCUUCACAGUGCACAGACGGUGUGCACAAUGAGGGACAUAGGCACAGAAAUGACCCCAAUUCCAAGUCAGGAUCCGUCAAGGACUGGAACUCCCCUAGGAUCAACCACUCCUCACAGCCCCAUUUCCUCAUUGCCAUCCACUCCCAAAAGAGGAGCACCGGCACCAUCUCCUGUUCAUACAGGUACAGAUGAUGAACCUGAUUCCCAGAAAAAAUUAUCCGAGAAAGAAAUACAGCUAAAAACAAGACGAGAAAUUGUUGCGCUUGGCAUGAAGCUAGGGAAGAUGAAUAUUGCUUCUUGGGCCAGCAAAGAUGAUGCUGAAGUUGAAAACACUAAUCAAUCCCCACUCAAGACUUUUGAUGCCGAUCAACAAGUCAAGAAAGAAUACGAAGCGCGUGCUGCAGCUUGGGAAGAAGCGGAGAUGUCUAAGAAUAUGGCCAGAUUCAAACAUGAAGAAGUAAAGAUUCAAGUAUGGGAGAAAGAGCAGAAAGCAAAAAUAGAAGCAGAAAUGAGGAAAAUCGAGGCUCAAGCAGAACAAAUGAAGGCCAAUGCACAAGAGCGGAUGGUCGAAAAACUAGCAUUGACACGACGAAGAGUUGUAGAGAAACAAGCAAAAGCCGAAGCAAAGAGAAACCAAUUGGCUGUGAGAGCAGCACAGCAGGUGGAGCAAAUACGCAACACCGGUCGCAUGCCUAAAUCACAUCACCAUAGAUGCUGUAGUUGGAUUCUUUGAAAGAUCAUAACACCUUCUUUGAAUUUGCAUUAAUACUUGUUGCCAUUGUUUCAAAGAUCAUGAGGUCCAAAUGAAGGUGUGUGUUGUAUCAUUUUGAUGUUUGUUUACACUUUUGAUAGGGAUUGAUUGGUGCAGGAUUUAAGCAUUUGGUGGAGUGUACACCAUUUGAGUGUUCACUCUUUUUUUUUCAAUACAAAGUAUAUAGAGUUUUCACA